AUGGCCGACGAUGAUGACAAUGAUCCCACGUGCACGUUUUCUAGUCUAGGCUUAAAUAACUGGCUCGUCAAACAGUGCAACGCUGUUGGAAUAAAAAGCCCGACAGAGAUUCAACAAAAUUGUAUUCCACCAAUCUUGUCCGGACGAGAUUGCAUUGGCUGUGCUAAAACUGGUAGUGGAAAAACGGCUGCGUUUGCUUUACCCAUACUUCAAAAACUCUGCGAAGAUCCUUAUGGAAUAUUUGCUGUUAUUCUCACGCCUACUCGGUAGAAAGCUAGUUUAAUGUUAAUUACUGUCAUGGUUGCCUAGUUUAUCUUUUCGAACCAGUAAUUUAAAUUUCUGUUGAGUUUGAUCGUGUUGUCUCAGGAUCGAAAACGAGCUUGUAAGAGACAUAGAAAUUUUAUCGGCCAGCGCUCUUUAUCUGUACUUGUUGAUCAUCUUUCAAAAGGAUUUCAAAAACAGUAUUCCACCCUUUUUGUUCGAAAUCCAAAAAUCCAGUGGAAAAGGGGGUAACCACUGUCUUUUCAGCCUGAGAGCACAGUCGCCUUUUGCGCCAUGGGCAGCCACUUACGAAAAAGGUUUCUGAAAUCCCUGGGUUAACCCUUUAACUCCCAAGUUCUGAUUGUUAAUUCUCCCCUCUAUCUGCUACACAUUUCCUUGUAAAUGAGUUAUGAGAAUUUAGUUUGAGAUCGAGAUAACAACUACCAGAUUAGUUGGGGUUUUCUCAUACCUGUUUGCAGGAUAAUGUAUGAAAUUACAUAUUUAUCAUUUCUGGGAGUUAAAGGGUUAACCUUCAAUGGAUUGACAUCCCAUCCAGGAAGACAGGGGCAUUAACCAUACUCCUUGUGACUAUGUGUCACAGAAACUGAGAUAAGCUGCAGGGGUUUGAGAAAAUUGACUUAGAUACUGACAUUACCUUUUUCAUCGCUCUCUAUAGGGAACUGGCAUAUCAAAUCUGCGACCAAUUCAGAGCCCUUGGAAAACCCAUUGGCCUCAAGGAGGCUGUAAUUAUUGGUGGCCUGGACAUGAUGAAACAAUCAUUGAUACUUGCCGAGAAACCUCAUGUUGUCAUAGCAACUCCUGGGAGACUGGCUGAUCAUCUUAAGAGUACAGAUACCUUUGAUCUGAAGAAAAUAAAAUUUUUAGUUCUGGAUGAAGCUGACAGACUCCUAGAUCCUUCAUUUAGUGAUGAUCUUCAGGUGAUUUUUGACAAUGUUCCAACAGAAAGACAGACAUUACUUUUCAGUGCCACUUUGACAGAUACUCUACAAGAACUGAGAGAGAUGUCAAGCAAUGAUCCAUUUUACCAUGAAGUGAAGUCUGAGUGAGUUAAAAAAUAUCUUGUUAUUUUUGUACCUUACCUAAUGGCUGGACUAACACAUGCAGAGAUAUUUAUUUUUCAAAUUGCCAGUGUAAAAUGUCCCUCUUAAUCCUUGGACCCCUAAGAACGAUUAGCAUCUAAUUUCUCCUUACAAUAUCAUACCUGAUUCAAGCAUUAAGGUCAUGAGAAUAAAGGACAUGAUCACAAUUGAAAGAAGCUCUUGAUUAUUAAAGAAAUUCUCCUUCUCAGCAUCUAUAGGAAUGUUUAGAUGACAGAAUUAACCCUUUAGCUCCCACGAGUGACCAAGACAGAAUUUCUCCUUACAAUUUCAAUAUAACUUCAUGCAGUCAAGUGAUGAGAAUAAAGAAAAAUAUCAAUAGAUCAUUAGUUGAUGCAUUACCAAAUUCUCCAAACUUACAUCAUUAGAGUUGUAAGGCAGACAGUAAGGAGAACUAAUGAGAUCUUGGGACAUAAAGGGUAAAGGAUAUGCAUACUGAUAAUAGGCUGUAAAGGGUUGAAGUUGUUCCUCAGUGCAAAUUUUGCAUUUUUAUUUGCAUAAAUAUAUGACUGAUUAGUAUGUGUGGAGUAAAACAUUGCACUGUUUUCUUUGUAGCUUGAAUUUGCUAGAGAAGCGCUCCUAAGUAAUUCUCCCUACUGGCUACCAUACAAUUCUUUUGAUGUCAAUUUGAAGAAUUUGGUAUAAGAUCAAUGAGGAAUCUCCUAAAUGAUAUAUUUUCCUUUGUUCUCAUCACUUGUCUGCCUGAUAUUUUAUUGAUAUUGUAAGGAGAAAUUCUGUCUUGGUCACUCGUGAGAGUUUAAAGGUUAAUACUCAUACAUCACAAUGGCACUGCUGAUUAAAACUUUUAAACAUGGUGAUUUAUUUUUUUUUAUCAAUAAUAAUUAUCCAUGAAAAAAUUAUAUGUGUCUGAUUGGCUGAAAACUAGGCACUUUUCAUGUAACACGAGUGCAAAGUUGUAACACAAGUGCAAAUUACAAAUAGUGUGCAUGCACUGCCAAAAUUUUGUCCGUCUUGAAUUUCUGUGACAUGUUUUUCAUGUAAAUUGUUAACAAGAAACAACAUUAUUUCUAAAAUAUGGAAUUUGGUGUAAAUAGGCAUUCAUACAUUUUUCAAAGACUACAAAACUCGCCCUACAAGCUUGUGCAAUUUUGUUGUCUUUCAAAAAUUUACUCAUGCUUUUAACACCAAAUUGCACUCAAAAUUAUGUUGUUACCUCACUAUACUAACAAUUAGUACACAAUUUCGUGAUUGUCUUCUGUGGAGGUGCAUUCUUAACCCUUUUACUCCUAAGAGUGACUAACAUCUAAUUUCUCCUUACAAUAUCUCCCCUAAAUUACACAUGAAGGUCGCAAGAAUAAAGGAAAUGAUCACCAACUAAAGAAUCUCUUGAUCGUUAAACAAAUUCUCCUUGUCAGCACCUUAAGAAACGUUUGAUAUUAGGUUGUAAAGGGUUAAUGACAUGGUUAUCUUCUUUUAUUUUCAGCAUAAAAACAGUCACUGAACUUGAUCAGAGAUACAUUCUUGCUCCAGCCAGUGUGCGAGACUCCUAUCUCAUUCAUGUUUUGCGAGAGCAUGGAGAAAAUAAAUCAGUAAUCAUCUUCACGCAUACGUGUAAGAAUUGCCAGACACUAGCAAACAUGCUCUGGAAGUGUGAGCUGCCUUGUGUGGCUCUUCAUUCAUUGAAAUCACAAGGGGAAAGGCUCGCGGGCUUGGCCACGUUCAAGUCAGGUAUAGUCAAGAUUCUUGUAGCUACUGAUGUAGCAAGUCGCGGGUUGGACAUUCCUCAAGUAGAACUUGUGAUUAACAGUAAUGUGCCGGCGUCUCCAAAGGACUACAUACACCGCGUGGGACGAACAGCAAGAGCCGGGCGUGGUGGAAUGGCGAUAACACUCGUAACGCAGUAUGAUGUGGAUAGGGUGAAACAGAUCGAAGCUACCAUCAAUACCAAGCUUGUCGAGUUUGAAACAAAUGAAAAUGAGGUUCUGCCAUUGUUAAAGGCUGUGAUGGUGGCUCGAAGAGAGGCGGAGUUGAAAGUUAGAGGUAGUGCUGUGUUAGAAAAGAGAUUGAUAAAUAAGCGAAAGAAACUGAUUCAGGAAGGGAAAGAUCCUGAUAUGAAGGUAUCAAGAAGGAAACGAAGAAAAUACAAAAAGGAGAGGAACUAACAAUAGAUUUAAACAUUAUAGCAUCGCUGAAGGAGAGAGAAGUAGGAAGAGAGAGAGAGAGGCAUUUUAAUUGAAGUUGGAUAGCCUGUGGUUAGGGUCUCAUUUGUCUGCCAGCGAGAGCUUACUUUAACCAUCUCAUUCUCAAGAUCAAAACAUCGAUUCUCCGCAAGGGGAAAGGCGUUGAGAAGCGCAACAUUUAAUGAAUGAGGUCUUUAGCUGAGCUGGAUGUAAAAUCAUUGGUGGGUUAUCAGUGUAGCACCCUUUUCUAUUAAGUCUUGUUCUGUUAAUGGAACACAAGUACCAUUCACAGAUGCCGCAUUGCAUUUGAACAUUUGACCCAUAAAUUGCUUGGCCUUAUUACCGUAACCAUACCGAUUUCUGACUAUUUAAAGUCGAGCCGAUAGUAAAUUAUCAAUGAAACAUUUUGAUUGCUUAUCCUUUAAACAGCAACACAAAUUGUCGAUCGCAAAAGACUGCUGUUGCAUUUAAACCAUUCCCGGCUGAUUGCCUACCGGUAAACGUAACUCCGCGGCAGUAUUUGUUUCAGUAUCUAUAACAGAGGAUAACAAUUUCUGCCAGGUUCUAUGUAUUUCGUGUGCGAAAUUUAUUCACCAACACAAUAAGUCUUGUUUCUCUUGCCACUUUCGGUGCGCUCCUGAUAAAGGAGUAUUUGCAUUUGCGUCCUUUCCAUUUUUUCUCUCGGUUUACAAAGCAACACAUUCAACUGCAAGCGUUCUCGUUUGGCGAAGACAGUGGUCGAAAAACACAGUACUUUGUGGCGAAAAUGAACCAGUCCUCCUCGGUUGACCUUGAAAACAGUUGUGAUCAUUUAUUUUUCCAUGAUCAUCUACAGUAUCAUUUUGCCGAUUCAACACACGGAGUUCUCAUCGCAGCAGCUGUUUUCAGCUUUAUCGCCUGUCCGUUUACCUGCUUUUUGAACGUGAUAUUUAUUUUGGCCGUGAAAACGAAACGAAGUCUUCAAACUCACUCCAACGUUUGUUGGCAUCUUUAGCCCUUACUGAUCUAUUGACUGGGUUGGUUGUUCAGCCCCUCCAUGGAACUAUGACAAUUUUUUGCUGCAAAGAAUAAGUUUCCUCGAAUUUUGCGGAAUAAAUUUGGUUUUAGCAUCUCCUUUGUCGUAAUUUGGUACGCUGUGUUAGGCCACAAAGUGAUAAGUGGAGAACGAUACCACACAAUCAAAUACGCUUUUGCACACAACUAAAUGCUCACUGAAACGCGAGUUAUAAUUUUAUCGGUCUGGCGCCUGGAUCCCGAUUACUAGUGAAGUUCAUUGAAAUCCUGUCGAAAAAAGGUUUCCGAGAAGCCGAAGAAAUCGCCAUGAGGUUUUGUACAUCAAGACGCAAUGUAGUGAGACCUGAAGCUUCACAAGAAACGGAAGAAAUGGAGUAGAACUCCAAUCAGUUCAAUUUUUUUGUUUUCGCUCUGUUAUUGGACUCUGCCAUGGUUUCGAGAAAAGCCAGUGAUAAAACGACAGUUCGUCAUUUGGCGUUUGGGUCAGCGAAAUUGAAUUCUACUGUCAGCUAUCAAAUCAAGACAUCACCAUUAUAUUCGGCAACUGUUACCGCUGGCAUGCAACAAAAUAUUGACAACCCAUUCUUAAAGGUCACAGGUGGCCUAAGCUUACAACAUGAGCCCUCCCAGAUAUGCAACUGUGAUUAUGUCCCACAGUCAGCUAAGUAAAGUGAUUUUCUGUCAGUAAAAAUUAACUCCAAACAGUUUAAAGAUUUCUGACUUUAUUGAGAAGUCUUUGUACAUUGAAGUACGAUUAAAUUACGCAAAUAAACAAGACUAUAAG